AUGUAUGUUGAGCAUAAUAAUUUUGGAUAUUACACAAGUCAAAAUGUUAAAGUUAAAGACAUUGAUUAUGCUCUAGAACAAAAGCCAUCAGAAAAUCCAACACCACCAAUUUUGAAAAAGAUCAUGUACCCUGACGUCAAUGUUAAACUUUUAAGUCCUAAUGGAAUACGCUUUUCGAUCGAAGAAGACGCAGACAUAAUAAACAACGUCAAAUUAAUAAUUUUUGCAUCAAAAGCCAUCGCUAAUAAUUCAAAAUUAAUUGAAGUGCCACUAAUAAAAACCGAUAAUGGAAUGUGGAUUUAUGAGCUGCCGACUACACCAUUAAAGGCUGACGAUUUUAUCGAAUAUUGGUUAUAUGGCGAAAGAUAUGGCGUGGGAUUUUUCACUAAUCAUGUAAUUCAAUUAAAAGAUUUGCAAGUCUAUCAACCUGAUGAGAUGUCAAAGUCACUUACGACAGAUACCUUGAAGGUGGCAUAUCCAGAUGUUGAUAUUUUAAUGAUCAGAGACGAUUGGAUUCGAUUCUCGUUGCAAGAGACAUCUGACGCCUACACCUCAGUCAAGAUCCUCUUUUUCGCGCCAAUAUAUAAAAAUUCAAAAUUUAUUGAAUACGAUCUAAAUCGAGACGAUAGUGAGAGAUUAUGGAUUUAUGAGAUGCAAAACGUCCCUUUGAAGUUCAACGAUGUUAUCGAAUAUUGGAUUUACGCCGAGAAUUCAAAUGUUGGCUUCUUCGACAGCAAAGUGGUUCGAGUUCAAGAUAUAAUUGAUAAUCAUUCAUCCGAUCUACAAAGGUCUCUCCCACACGUAACCAUCAACAACACAUAUCCAAUUAUUGACGUAAAGAUUGAAGAAACUAAAACAAUUCAAUUUUCGCUACAAGAAGACAGCGACGCCUACAACGAUGUUAAAAUUCUGUUAUUUUCCCCGAAUAUCGCCAUAAACAAAAGUCAAGGAUUUAUUGAGAAUCAGAUGAAACGAGAUGACAAUGGAUUAUGGUUUCAUCAAAUUCAAACGAGCAUUCCUUUGAAGUACAAUGAUGUUAUUGAAUAUUGGGUAUAUGUAGAGAAUUCGCACGUUAGCUUCUUCUCAAACGGAGUAUUUAAAGUUCAAGACAUUGCAGCGUCAUUCAAUGAAGAGACGACUACACCAGCAUCAGCAACAACAACAACGAGUACGACAACAGAAAUACCAAUAAACUGUGAGGUAUCUGUCAGUACGGUUAAUGGAAAAUCAGUUGGAUGCAAGAAUUCCAUUAUUUUCAAUGAAGAUUUUAAUUCAGAUAAUUUGAAAUAUUGGAAUUUCGACACUAGAUAUCCAUUAGACGACAUGCUAUCAGAUGCUGAAUUUGUUGUCUAUGAGAAGCGUCCUGAAACGUCAUUUAUACGUGACGAUAUGUUGAGUUUGAAAGCAGAAUCACUUAAACGCUUAUUAGGUUUUGAUGAUGUGCGCAUACGAGUUGGAAAUUACAAACUCAAGGAACGAUGCACACCGCUUACAAAUGAUGUUGAAUUAGAGUGUGAAAGACAGGCCAGAUUUGGUUAUAUUUUGCCUCCGGUCACAUCAGCAUAUUUAACUACGCGUAAUAAAUUCUCAUUUAUGUAUGGAAAAGUUGUGGCACGAGUGAGAGGACCAGUUGGAGAUUGGCUUUACGGACAAAUCACGCUUCAACCACAACAAAAGUUAGACGAGAAAUCCAAUGAAGUAUCAAAUAUCACCUCGCAGCACUUAAAAGUAUUUUUCUCUAGAGGCAAUGAAAAUCUUAAAGACGAUACGGAAGAAGUUGGUGGAAGGACUGUCUAUGGAGGCGCAAUUUUAUCAAAAAAUCCCAAAAAUAAUCUCAAAUGGCUUAAGAUGAAAAACUUUCCAAGCACACAUCUUGGCAAUGAUUUUCACAUCUAUGAGUUAUUAUGGACACCAUCAGAAAUUUCCCUUUCAAUCGAUGGCAUAAAGUACGGUUCAUUAAACACAAAUUUGAGGGAGUCAGCGAUGGCAGCAAGAAUUAAAUCAGCCGUAAAUUGGGCAAAUAACGGACCGUUUGAUAAAGAGCACUUUAUAUCCAUAAAUUUGGCUGCUGGUGGUGUGAAAAAUUUCUACUCGUUCAACUCGACGUUGUUAAAUGGAAUUGCGCUGGAACCAAAGCCAUGGAAUGAUACAGAUCCCAGAGCUCUACUCAACUUUUACCUUGCACAUGAUAAAUGGUAUCAAACAUGGAAACGACCAUCUCUAGAUGUUGAUUAUAUAAAAAUUUAUGCUGUUUAG